UGGGAAAACAAAAGAGUCAAAGAAUCACGCAAAAGAGAAAUGGCUGAUUUGUUUAUAGGCGUCGUAUCGCAGUCGUCUCUUCUUCAUCUUCACCCAAAGAUUGGACAAUUUCAAAGGCAACAGCUCUUUAGCAACUCCGGCCACCCCAGAUUUGCGGUGGUUAGCAAUCGUCAGCUACACUUCAAAGUGUCGACUUUAGCUGGUGUGGUGUCUUCUGAUUCAGAAGCACCCACGAUCGUUGCCAACACCUUCGGUUCCGAAAAGGGAGGAAUCGACAUCGAAGUUGACACGGGAAACGGCGGAGGGGACAAGUUUGACGACAGGAGCGGAGGCGGCGGCGGUGGAGACGAUAGUGGGAGUAAAGGAGAAGAGGAGUUCUCUGAAGACGGUGGGAAGAGAAAGAUGGCUUUGUCUAUGUCACAGAAAUUGACUCUUGGCUAUGCUGCUCUCGUCGGAGUGGGUGGUGCUAUGGGCUAUAUGAGGAGUGGCAGCCAGAAAUCGCUUGCGGCGGGAGGAUUGUCGGCCGCCGUGCUCUAUUAUGUUUAUACUCAGCUCCCCACAAAUCCAGUGUUCGCCUCGUCCAUUGGGCUUGGUAUAUCUGCUGCACUUUUGGGAGUGAUGGGUUCCCGUUUCAAGCGGUCGGGAAAAGUCUUCCCUGCUGGUGUUGUAUCACUUGUGUCACUUGUGAUGACAGGGGGCUACCUACAUGGCAUCAUGCGGAGUCUGCACUAGUGUGAAGCAGUAGUCUUGUUAUUAUAAAGCUAUAUAUAAUGCUUUGCUAUGUCUCUUAACUUCUCAAGUUGUGAACUUCUUUUAGACCAUCGCCAUCGAGCAACGAGUUUCGACGCUCGGUUGCUUUUGUACUUGAAUGCCUUUUCAUCUUUGGUCAUGUGAUGCAGAUUAUGGUGGUGUUAGCCAAUAAGAAACCUUGCAUGUAUUUUCAGUUUCGAAGUUUUGAGAAUUUUGGAACAUUAUGCUUAAUAUAAAAAAGCAUUGGUUGCAA